AUGGGCAAUCCUAGCGAUGCCUUUGUUGGUUCCAUUGACCAAGGAACAACUAGUACUCGGUUUUUGAUUUUCAACAAAGACGGUGAGCCUGUUGCAUCCCAUCAAAUUGAAUUCACGCAAAUAUACCCCAACCCAGGAUGGCAUGAGCAUGAUCCCUUCGAACUCGUAUCCUCCGCCGAAACGUGUAUCGACGAAGCAGUUAAAAAAUUCGAACUCCUCGGUCACUCCCGAACGGAAAUCAGGACAAUUGGGAUCACAAACCAGAGAGAAACCACGGUGGUAUGGGACUCUGAAACGGGGGAACCGUUAAAUAAUGCCAUCGUAUGGACGGACACUCGAUCGCAGUCUAUUGUUGAAGAACUGAAAUCUCAAAAAGGCGCAGAUGAUCUCCAAAACAUCUGUGGUCUGCCACUAUCAACAUAUCCAUCCUCUACCAAAUUGCUAUGGAUGCUACGACACAUCCCGAAAGUAAAGGCGGCCUAUGAGAAGGGUAGGCUUGCUUUUGGUACAGUUGAUUCUUGGCUAGUAUAUUGUUUGAAUGGCGGGGCUGCGGAAAACGUCUUCGUUUCUGAUCCCACCAACGCAUCCAGAACAAUGUUCAUGAAUCUCGAAACGCUGCAAUACGAUGACCGCCUUCUGGAUUUCUUUGGAGUCAAAGGCAAAUUACACCUCCCCAGAGUUGUUCCUUCUUCGGAUAGGAAAGCGUACGGCUCGAUUUCUUCUGGCCUGCUCCAGGGAGUCCCAAUUAUGGGUUGCUUGGGGGACCAGUCUUCGGCACUGGUUGGACAGAAGGGGUUUUAUCCAGGCUUGGCCAAGAACACAUAUGGGACAGGGUGCUUUCUGUUAUAUAACGUGGGCGACAAGCCGGUCAUUUCGAAGCAUGGUCUUUUAGCAACUGUAGCAUUCCAGUUUGACGAUAAGCCUGUAUAUGCCCUGGAGGGCAGCAUUGCAGUCGCAGGAUCAGGUAUCAAGUUCCUUCAGAAUAAUCUCACUUUACUCAGGGAUUCGAAAGAGGUGGACGAAUUGGCAACGACGGUGGAGGAUAAUGGCGGCUGUGUUUUCGUCACAGCAUUUAGUGGUCUCUUUGCACCAUACUGGAUUGAUAGUGCUAAAGGAACGAUCUUUGGCAUCACCCAAUACACCCAGAAAGGCCAUAUUGCGCGAGCAACAUUGGAAGCAACAUGCUAUCAGACAAAAGCUAUAUUAGAUGCUAUGGAAAAGGAUAGCGGCCAUGCACUGUCAGAGCUCGCAGUGGACGGUGGCGUCAGUAAUUCAGACCUAACAAUGCAGAUUCAAGCCGACUUGAUAUCGAUUCCGGUAUACCGACCAAAAAUGCGGGAGACCACUGCGUUGGGUGCAGCUAUUGCCGCUGGAAUGGCUGCUGGAUUGUGGCGUAACUUUACCGAGCUGCGAGACAUCAACCGGGCUGGAGGUGUAGUAUUUGAACCCAGCGUAUCACACGAGAAGAGUGCCGAGAUGUUCUCGUUGUGGGAGAAGGCUGUACACAUGUCCGAAGGAUGGGUAGACAACGAGCCCCUCUCAAGUGCAAUUAACAUAAAGCAGCCGAGGAAGCCAUCUGUUGUUGUCAAUGGUAAAUCCAACGAGCUGACUUCCCAAUCUGUUUUCGAUGACCUAGACGACGCAGAUGAAGAGGAUCUACUACUUGAACUCCGCAAAAUCGAGAUUCAGCAGGCGCUGAAACGUCUCAGGAAGGGGAAAACAUUAGCCUGA